UCCCACGCCGAAGAAAAGUGCCAAGAAGAGUAGCAACGCUUGGGCCGCCCAAGCUGCCAAAGCCUGCGAACUCAUUCGGGAGGCACAGAAGCUUCCGCGCCAGGACCACCCGGAGGACGGCGAAAGGUCGGUGAAAGCGUCGCGGUCCUCGUCGUCCUCGUCAUCGUCCAGCUCCAGCUCGUCCAGCUCGAGCAGCUCGAGGAGCAGCAAAAGUGCCAAGGCGGCCUCCAGUGCCACCAAAGAUGUGGCGGAACGAUCUUACAAAGGCGACCUCUCUGCCUCCGGUGUCCCACAUGGCCACGGCACCAUGACCUUCAGCCACGGCGCCAAAUACCAGGGCCAGUGGCGCGAGGGCCGCUGCCACGGCCGCGGGACGCAAUGGAAGGGCGACUAUCGAUAUGAGGGAGACUUCAAGGAUGGCAAGCGACAUGGUCAGGGUUCCCUCUAUUACCAUGGACGAGUCUUUGUGGGUGGCUGGUCCGCGUCAAAAAUGGCCCUGAGUGAAGUGGGGAAUGUGUUACACCAAAAAAACACAGCCCCAAUGACUUGCCAUGGGUGGUAA